UUUACGGAGUACUUAAAAAAAAAUCUAACACGGUGUUUGACAAAUAAAAUUAUAGAAAAUCAUUUCAUUUCAAAGGAAUUUCGUUCGUUGUUCGGCCUACCAUUUCAUGUUGUGGUUCUAUUCGUCGUUAAUCUGUGCAAGAUGAUGGUCGAGGAUCUCGGUAUCGAAGCAAAGGAAGCUGCCGUACGCGAGGUUGCCAAACUUCUGCCGCUUCCAGAGCUUCUGCAGUCAAUUAGUUCGAUCAAAGCUGAUUAUAUUACUCGUCAGCAGGCGAAUGAUGCUCAGCUCAGUACAAUGGUUGCAGAGCAGGUUGAACAAGCACAAGCUGGACUGGAGUCACUUUCUUUAUCUGAGAAGACAAUAGACCAGCUUCGAGAAAACUUCAUUUCGAUCGAGAAGUUAUGUCAAGAAUGCCAAACAUUAAUAGAGAACCAUGAUCAGAUAAAACUUCUUAGCAAUGCAAGGAAUAACUUACUGACAACCUUGAAGGAUGUUGAGGGUAUGAUGUCCAUAUCUGUUGAAGCAGCUGAGGCCCGUGAUUCUUUGAGUGAUGAUAAAGAGCUUAUAAACACCUACGAGAGGCUAACUGCACUUGAUGGGAAACGGAGGUUUGCUUUAGCAGCUGCAGCAUCUCACAAAGAAGAGGUUGGAAGACUAAGAGAAUAUUUUGAAGAUGUAGACCGAACCUGGGAAACAUUUGAGAAGACGUUAUGGGAACAUGUAUCCAACUUUUAUAAACUUUCAAAGGAGAGUCCACAAACAUUGGUUCGUGCUAUAAGAGUCGUUGAAAUGCAAGAAAUUCUCGAUCAACAACUUGCUGAGGAAGCAGCUGAGGCCGAGGGAGGUGGCGCAAUGGCGACAGUAGCAAACCCUCGCAGAACUACAAAAAAAACCACGACAGCAACAGCUUCUUCUAGAAACCUUACACAACAAAAACUGAAGGCUCAGGGAAAAGCAUACAAAGACAAAUGUUAUGAGCAAAUAAGGAAGACUGUUGAAGGAAGGUUUAGUAAACUUUUGACGGAGCAUGUUUUUGAGGACCUGAAGGCAGCUUUAGAGGAAGCUCGAACGAUUGGAGAAGAGCUUGGAGAUGUUUAUGACUAUGUGGCUCCUUGUUUCCCUCCAAGAUAUGAGAUAUUCCAACUCAUGGUUAAUCUAUACACUGAAAGGUUUAUUCAGAUGCUCAGAUUACUCAGUGACAGGGCAAAUGAAUUGACCAAUAUAGAAAUUCUAAAGGUGACAGGUUGGGUUGUAGAGUAUCAAGAGAAUCUAAUUGGACUAGGUGUUGAUGAGUCCCUGGCUCAAGUAUGUUCUGAGAGUGGUGCUAUGGAUCCUCUGAUGAAUUCUUAUGUUGAAAGAAUGCAAGCUACUACAAGGAAAUGGUACUUGAAUAUCUUGGAGGCUGAUAAGGUUCAACCACCGAAGAAAACGGAAGAUGGCAAGCUGUAUACACCUGCUGCUGUUGAUUUGUUUAGGAUCCUAGGUGAGCAAGUGCAAAUUGUUCGUGAUAAUAGCACAGAUGUGAUGCUUUACAGAAUUUCAUUGGCAAUUAUUCAGGUAAUGAUUGAUUUUCAAGCAGCUGAGAGGAAGAGACUUGAAGAACCUGCUUCAGAAAUUGGUUUAGAACCUUUGUGUGCAGUGAUAAACAACAACUUGCGUUGCUAUGAUCUUGCCAUGGAAUUAAGUACUAGCACAAUUGAAGCUCUCCCUCAGAAUUACGCUGAACAGAUAAAUUUUGAAGAUACUUGUAAAGGUUUCCUAGAGGUUGCCAAGGAAGCUGUGCAUCUUACCGUCAGUGUAAUUUUUGAGGAUCCUGGAGUGCAAGAGUUACUCGUCAAGCUUUAUCAGAAGGAAUGGUGCGAAGGGCUUGUUACUGAAUACCUAGUCGCAACGUUUGGAGACUAUUUUACAGAUGUGAAGAUGUAUAUUGAAGAACGAUCAUUCAGAAGAUUCGUUGAGGCUUGCUUGGAGGAAACUGCCGUUGUCUACGUAGAUCAUUUGCUUACACAGAAAAACUACAUAAAGGAAGAAACUAUUGAGCGGAUGAGGCUGGAUGAGGAGGUCCUCAUGGACUUUUUUAGAGAGUAUAUAAGCAUCUCUAAAGUUGAAAGCAGAGUAAGGAUACUGAGUGAUCUAAGGGAACUUGCUUCUGCCGAGAGUUUAGAUACUUUCACGCUCAUAUACACAAAUAUCCUUGAGCACCAACCAGAUUGCCCGCCCGAGGUGGUCGAGAAGCUUGUUGGACUUAGGGAAGGCAUACCUAGAAAAGAUGCUAAAGAGGUAGUACAAGAAUGCAAAGAAAUAUAUGAGAAUUCCCUUGUUGGAGGAAAUCCCCCAAGAGCAGGGUUUGUAUUCCCAAGGGUCAAAUCCUUAGCACAGUCUAAAGGAUACAUCUGGAGGAAGCUUACUUAGUAUAUAUCAUCUCCCAAUUCUUUUUUAACUUGCUUCAUUUUUCUUCAUACAUCACCAUUUAUUAUUAUUUUUCAACUCUUUGUUCUCUCUACCUUUUAGUUCUUCCUUUUUCUCUCCUUUUUUCUUUUUUGAAAUUUUCUGUGUAGAAUAAUGUGUAUAUUUGUCUCUGUGUUAAUUUUCUAAGACAGUAAAAGUAAGAAACGCUCAAGUGAUUCAUUAUGAAA